GAAUGCUGAUCUAUUUUGAAACAGCUACCUACAUUGUCCGUCCUAUAAAAUUCAAAGGUGAUUCGCUGAAACUGUCAAUUAUAUGCUCACAUUGUUGUUGCAAUUGAAAUAGAACUCCUCAAAGUAUCUGCGCACUUUGCAGAAUCAGUGUACUUGAAAAUCCAUACAAUGCGCCAAAUAUAUUUAGGUUACCAAAAUGCAGUUUUAUCCUCGAAGAUCGAUUGUAAAAAUUUCAGUCACUUGAAUGUAUAAAACGUCAAAGUUGAAAAAGUAACAAAAAAGUUUCGGUUAGUUACGAACUUUACCGAUCCUGAACGAUCCCGUCAAAUAACGUCAGAAUCUGAAAAGCGGUCUUCAAUACGUCAGUCAAAUCCUUGAACGUACGAAAACAAAUUCUAAGUUUCAAAAAGUGUCGAAAAGUGCUUGAAAAUGGUGAAACCUCCCGCAAUUGGAAUCGAUCUCGGCACAACUUAUUCUUGCGUCGGAGUCUGGCAGAGUGGCAAAGUUGAAAUCAUCGCCAACGACCAAGGAAACCGGACGACCCCUAGCUAUGUGGCUUUUACCGAAACUGAAAGACUCAUCGGAGAUGCUGCUAAGAACCAAGUGGCUAUGAACCCCAGUAACUCCGUUUUUGACGCCAAGAGGUUGAUAGGACGCAAAUAUAACGAUCCCAAGAUCCAGCAAGAUUUGAAACACUGGCCUUUCAAAGUGAUCAGCGACGAUGGCAAGCCCAAGAUCCAAGUAGAAUUCAAGGGGGAAAUCAAGAGAUUCGCUCCUGAGGAGAUCAGUUCCAUGAUUCUCACCAAAAUGAAGGAGACAGCCAGUGCGUAUCUUGGUCAAGACGUGAGAGACGCCGUUAUAACGGUUCCCGCUUAUUUCAACGAUUCUCAAAGACAGGCGACAAAAGACGCGGGAACGAUUGCAGGUAUAAAUGUUCUUCGAAUUAUAAACGAACCCACAGCGGCGGCUUUGGCGUACGGUCUCGACAAAAACUUGACAGGAGAAAAAAUCGUGUUAAUCUUCGGAGAUAUAUCAUUGCCAUUUCCUACUCAGGCUUUUCCAUUAAGCACAACGCUUCAUUCGUGUUCCAGCGCAGUACCACUGAUAAAGUCUUUGACUGUCUUGUGUUGGAUCACUUGUGCUUUGUUUUUGGGCUUAGCUUUCAUCAAAAUAAUGCAUUGUUUUUAUUUUUAUAGAGCUAAAAGGACCUUGAGCUCUAGCACCGAAGCCACCUUGGAAAUCGAUGCUCUUUACGAAGGUAUCGACUUCUACACAAAAAUAUCAAGAGCCCGAUUCGAAGAACUGAACUCGGACCUCUUCAAAUCCACCUUGCAACCCGUGGAAAAGGCCCUGAACGACGCCCAAAUCUCCAAGAGUAACGUCAACGACGUCGUUCUAGUCGGAGGAUCGACGCGCAUCCCCAAAAUCCAGUCCCUCCUUCAGAACUACUUCAACGGAAAGAGCUUGAAUCUGAGCAUCAACCCGGACGAAGCAGUCGCCUAUGGUGCCGCUGUCCAAGCGGCCAUUCUCAGCGGCGAUACCAGCUCCAAGAUACAGGAUGUUCUGCUGGUGGACGUCACUCCGUUAUCUCUGGGAAUCGAGACAGCCGGAGGUGUGAUGUCGAAGAUCAUUGACAGGAACACGAGGAUUCCUUGCAAGCAAAGCCAAACGUUCACGACGUACUCCGAUAAGCAACCCGCAGUUACGAUUCAGGUGUUUGAGGGGGAAAGGGCUAUGACGAAGGAUAAUAAUUUGCUGGGAACCUUCGACUUGUGUGGCAUACCUCCCGCACCACGUGGCGUCCCCAAGAUUGACGUAACUUUCGAUCUCGAUGCUAACGGGAUCCUGAAUGUAUCCGCUUUGGAAUCCGGCACAGGAAAAAGUAAACAAAUCACCAUCAAGAACGACAAAGGGCGGCUUUCUCAAAAAGAUAUACAGCGCAUGCUUGCCGAAGCAGAACAGUACAGAGACGAGGACGAGAGGCAGAGGGAACGGGUUGCUAGCAGAAACAGCCUGGAGAGCUACGUGUUCAACGUCAAGCAGGCCUUGGACGAAGGUGGGAGCAAGCUGAGCAGCGAAGAUAGAAGACGAGCUCAGAACGAAUGCGACAACUGUAUGCGAUGGUUGGACAACAAUCUGAUGGCCGAGAAAGACGAAUUCGAGUAUAAGCUGAAGGAGUUAACCAAAGUUUGUGGGCCUAUAAUGACCAAGAUGCACCAGGGACAUCGGGGUGGGAACAGAUCUGGUGAUGAGGAUGGAGGUCCGACUAUUGAAGAAGUUGAUUAGGGAGCUGAUUUUUAGAAGACCUCUACGUAGAUCAACCUGUGAUUCUUUGGGGUUCAAAUUGUUUAGUUUACCGCCUUUUUUAUUUUCAUAUCAAGUCACUGCAAAUGGUCAAAUGUCCAUUUUCUUGCCACAAUUGUAGUUUGUUUAUUGUAUACACUCAUUAAAAAUAGCUGUGUCUCAGAACACAUGA